GAUCCCCAGAGCCGAAAUCCUGCCAUCGAUCCCUCGGCGCGCGGCUUUUCUUUCCCGGGCCUGCGACGGUCGCGCUCUAUCGAUGAUUCCGCGGUCGACUUUCUGGCUGCCUGCAGCCUGCGAUGGCGACGCCGAUGAAGGAGGAGGUGGAAGCACGUGGCUUGUUCAGCCAAGGCGUGAAGGCUGUGCUGGGGAGCUGGCCUGUCUUGCAGAUUGCUGUGGAAAAUGGCUUUGGCGGGGCGUACAGCCAAGAGAAAGCCGACUGGAUGGUGGGGGCCGUGGAGCAGUUCUUCCAAAGCAACGCUGACCUGGAUCCAGAGGAAGUGGACGAUUUCCUCGCGGAGGUGAUGAACAAUGAAUUUGAUACCGUGAUAGAAGAUGGGAGCUUGAGCCAGGUAAGCCGGCAACUCUGCCUGUUCUUCAGUCAGUGCCAGCAGGGAAACGGAGCAGCAGUGCAGGAAGCAAUCGCCCGGCUGGCCCAGAAGCAGCAAGAGGCCAGGGCGGUGGCCGCAAAAGCCGUGGCAGCUGAGGAAAGCAGCAGUGAGGAGGAAGAGGAGACGGAAGAAGAGGCCAUGGAGUGCAGCUCGAACGGAGCCCAGCCCAGCCCCCCUCCCCCCUCAGACCCCGGCCCGGAAGACGGUUGGACCGUGGUAAGGAAGAAGAAGAAAUGAGAGCGAGAAAGAGAAAUACCACAACGGCGGGAUCCUCACGUGGACGGCUGCAAGCGCAGGCCUCUCCCUCCUGUCAGAGUCACGGAAUGGAACUGAGAUGAGGAGCGAUUUGGGGGCAGGAUUGACUCAGACCCCUCCCUCUGGGGUUGACCGCGCUGCAUUGCUGCCCCUAUGCUCCCACACCCUGGAGGGGGCAGCUAGGAACCAGCUGUCAGGGUCCUAGAGAGUACAGAGAGGGCAUCCCUUCUCUCUUCAGUUCAACGUGUCUUGUUACUAAUGCACUUUGCAGACUGCAGUGCUCGGCAGAUAGAGCUGGCCGUCAGGGCCUAGCGACCACAUCCAAGGACUCUUCUAAAGCUUAUUUAAAUUAUUGGCUAUCGUCGACGCAUCAAUAUCUAGUGGCAGUGAGUUCCACCGCCUCAGAUCACCCAUUUGUUCUGCUUGUCUUAAACUGCUUCUUACCCGUUUCGUUCACUCCCUGUUAAGUCCCCGCUGGGAAGGAAAGAAUAAAGCUUCCCCCGUUUUCACGC